UAUAUAGCCUGGAAGUGCAGAGCUCUCAUUGCCUCCAGAAUAAACUGGCUGGAGAGAAAAACUUUCCUCCCUCUCUCCUUCUCCUUCUCCCUCUCUCUCUCUCUCUCUGUGUGUCUUAUUUGCUAAAGAUCUGGGAAGACAAUCCCAACUCUUUUCUCUUUGCCCUCCACCCACUCCCCUCCAAAGAGCAAAGUUGGUUUCUCUUUUGUUCCUUGUUUUUAGGUGCAAACUCUCUCAAGUCAGGGGAACAGCGAUGGACUUUUACAAGGUGACUUUAGAAGGAUCAGCACCUUGGGGCUUUCGUCUGCAAGGAGGCAAAGAUUUCAACAUGCCUCUGACUAUUUCCAGGGUUACUCCAGGAGGAAAAGCAGCUCAGGCCGGUGUCGGGAUGGGGGACAUGGUCCUGGCCAUCGAUGGGGAGGAUACUGAGGGGAUGACUCACUUGGAAGCUCAGAACAAGAUCAAGGCUUGUGUUGGAUCCUUGACCCUUUCUCUCGCCAAGGCUUUCCGUCUGUCAGGAGGAGGUGUGGAGAAGGAUUACACACCUGCCUCGUCCCUCCCGAAGUACACGUUUGACUCAAGCGUGCCUCUGAAUAAGACUGCGAGACCGUUUGGUGCGGGGGCCUCCUCGAAAGGCUCAAACCCAGGGACCCCGACAAAGUCAGUGGGUUAUAAACCCGUGUCUCCCUACACGCCGACGCCGGCUGCCUUGGCUAGCACCACGCCCGUGUCCCAGGCACCGCUAAAACACGCCUUGGUCACAGAACACCACGGCUCGGGCACGGAACGUCACAGCUCACCCACUGCUUCCUCCACCCGGCCACCGCAUGCCAACGGCCCGGAGACCGGAGCUGGAGCCGAGACGUCCCAUCCAAUCUCAGCUUCAAGGUUCAGUGACAAUCCAGGUUCGACACCCCCGAGAACGGCGCCCGUCCCAGCCCCCCCGACCUGCAGACCCCCCUGGGUGGUGGACUCCUCCUUCGCUGACAAGUACGCCCCGGACAAGACCACCACGCGGAUGACCAAGUUCACCCAGGCCGCCGAGCCCACCCCACAGCAAAACCGCAGCUCCAUCGUCCAGGCCGCACAGCAAGCCCCCGAAGGGGUCAACAGGACCCCGGUGUGUGCCCACUGCAACAAGGUCAUCAAGGGCCGUUACCUGGUGGCUCUGGGUCGGUCCUGGCACCCGGAGGAGUUUACCUGCCAUCAGUGCAAAGCCACGCUGACCGAGGGAGGAUUCUUCGAGGAAAUGGGCUCCGUGUUCUGCGGAAACUGCUACGAGAGCAAGCACGCCCCCAACUGUGCCAAGUGCAAGCAAAAGAUAGUGGGCGAAAUAAUGCACGCCCUGAAGAUGACAUGGCAUGUUAAGUGCUUUAACUGUGCAGCGUGUAAAACCCCGAUCCGCAAUAAGGCCUUUUACAUGGAGGAGGGUCAGCCUUACUGUGAGAAAGACUAUGAGAAAAUGUUUGGCACCAAGUGCCAAGGCUGCGACUUCAAGAUAGACGCAGGUGAUCGAUUCCUCGAAGCUCUAGGCUACAGUUGGCAUGACACCUGCUUUAUCUGCGCGGUAUGUCACAUAAACCUGGAAGGCAAGACGUUUUAUUCCAAGAAAGAGAAGCCAUUAUGCAAGACCCAUGCAUUUUCACCCGUCUAGUCCUUUUGUCUGCCGCGAGGGUAAACCGGAGAGCGUCCGAGCGAAGGGGAAAAACUCCCUCACCGUAAGGAAGCAGGGAAUUUCACAGCAGCCCUGGAGGGAUUGAAACUCUCCGUGUAAACAAGC